AUGCCACUCAUCCUUCUAACCGGCUACCCCUGCUCGGGCAUCUCCCACCGCGCCCACCAACUCUCCACCCUCCUCGAAAGCGCCCAAACCGAGCUCUUCGCCUCGGGCACAAUCCCACCCACAAAACCGCGCUUCAAAAUCCACGUCGUCGAGACGCAUGAUGAGUCGAAUCCGAGGACUGUAUACGACCAUGCACGCACGGAGAAGCAGGCUCGCGGGGUGGCGUUUGCGAAGGCGAAGCGCGCGCUCGGAAGAGAUAGUUUUGUGAUUCUUGAUGGGAUGAAUUAUAUCAAGGGGUACCGGUAUCAGCUUUGGUGUGAGGCGAAGGCGUUGGGGACGACUUGUUGUGUGGUUCAUGUUGGUACGCCUAUCGAUCAAUGCGUUGCAAACAACGAGGCCCGGAUACGUCGUCAGAACGCUCAGAAAGAGUCAUCCGAUGCUCCAGCCGACAAGGAGACCCCGGAUACAACCACACCUGCAGCACCUACAACAACCGAUUUAUCCCCCAAAGAAGAAGACACCCAAGAACCAUAUCCCCCCGAACUCCUCAACAACCUCAUCUUCCGCUACGAAGAACCCUCCACCCACAGCCGCUGGGAUAAGCCCCUCUUCACCAUCCCCUGGGAAGACGCAGAACCCCCCAUCGCAGACAUCUGGACCGCCCUAACCGGCAUCCCGCACCCUUCCACCCCGGCACCACCCACCGACGAUACAGACACACCCCUCUCCAGCGUGACGGCCUCUCUCGCAACCGCAAAUAUCUCCGAUACAGCCAGCGUCGGCACAGCAGCAACAAGCCUCCGACGACCAGGCGCACUGGGUCGGCCCAAGAUCAAACCGCACCAGGCUACCGUGCAAGCCGCAGUAACCGAUUCCUCCGCGCUGUACAGCAUGGAGAAACGCACUUCGGCCAUCGUCGCCGCCAUCCGCGCCUUUACCCUCGCCACGCCCUCUGCGGAGACGGCACUCGCACAGAGCUCCGACGCGACUGGUAUCACCGUCGCCGUGCCCGAAUCGAAAACGCCCGUCUUCAUCCCCGCUCAUGUAGCCACGACUGGGUCGACAGAUGAAUUAGCCGGCGCGGGCGGCAUCCUCGCUCUACCCCGUCUGCAGCGUCUGCGGAGACAGUGGAUUGGGCUGAAUCGUGCGUAUAUCGGGUAUGGACAGGCUGGGUUGACUCCUGAGCAGGUUGGGGAUGCGUUUGUGAGGUUUUUGAAUGGUGAUUUUGCCGGUGAUGAGUAG